GGCGGCGGGGCAGGAUUAGGUUUCAGGCCGCCGGGGCGUGCCUGAGCGCGCUUCCCCCGCGGCGCGGCUCGGCGGCGUUACUUGGGGGCUGGAAGGGCGAAGGCGGAGAGCGGGACCGGGCCUCGGGGCCCGCCGAGCCGCCGGGAAAUCCUGUGUUUGCUGCCGUUUACCAUUGCUGGACUAGAAGCUGAGAAACAGAAAAAACAUGUUGGAAACAAUUGAUACACAUCAAGCCCUCCAGGCCAUGGAGCGCUUACAGGCAAAACUUCGGGAUCGAGGUGACAUUGCAAGCGAGGAGAAACUGGGCUUAUUAAAAUCAGUGCUGCAGAGUCCUCUCUUUAACCAAAUUCUCAACCUUCAGACUUCUGUUCAACAACUGAGAGAUCAGGUAAAUAUUACACCUUCCAUACAUUCAGCUGGUGAAUUCCCCCAGCUUCUCAGUCAUGUGGGGUCCUUGCCACAUAAUGAAUUAUAUUACUUGGCUCAGCAGAAUGGCAGCCCAACUAAUGUGCUGGAAGCCUCGAUGAGAUCCAUUACUCCUCAGAUUAAUGGGAAGUCCUCAAGUGAUGACUUUGAGCAGCUCAUUAGAAAUAUGUCUCAGGGUCGUCUUGUUGAGACAAUUGAGCUUACUAAACCUGUAAGCGGUGGCCUGGGCUUCAGUGUUGUGGGACUGAAGAGUGAAAACAGAGGAGAACUAGGAAUAUUUGUGCAAGAAAUCCAGGAGGGAAGUGUGGCACAUAGAGAUGGAAAGCUGAAGGAAGCAGAUCAAAUCCUUGCUAUUAACGGACAAGCCCUUGAUCAGACAAUUACACAUCAACAAGCUAUCAGCAUCUUGCAGAAAGCAAAAGAUAAUGUCCAGCUAGUUGUGGCCAGGGGCACUUUCCCUCAGCUCAUCAGUCCUGUAGUUUCCCGGUCUCCAUCUGCUGCUAGCACAGUUUCAGCCCAUUCCAACCCGGUUCACUGGCAGCACAUAGAGACCAUUGAGUUGGUGAACGAUGGCUCAGGUCUGGGAUUUGGGAUAGUAGGAGGAAAGUCAACUGGAGUGAUUGUUAAAACCAUCCUUCCAGGAGGAGUGGCUGAUCAGCAUGGGAGACUGUGUAGUGGUGACCACAUCUUGAAAAUUGGUGAUACGGAUCUAGCUGGAAUGAGCAGUGAGCAGGUGGCGCAAGUUCUAAGGCAGUGUGGAAAUCGAGUGAAACUGGUAAUUGCAAGAGGUCCUAUUGAGGAGCCACCUCCACCAGCAGUCCCUCCAGGUACACCUGUACCCAUCUCCACACCAGAGAAACAGGCAGAUGCUUCUUUUGAUCACUGUGAAGAUGGGGAGAAAUUUAACGUUGAACUCACUAAAAACAACCAGGGAUUAGGAAUAACUAUUGCUGGUUACAUUGGAGAAAAAACGUCAGAGCCUUCUGGUGUCUUUGUGAAGAGCAUUACCAAAGGCAGUGCUGUUGAAUAUGAUGGCAGAAUCCAUGUAGGAGAUCAAAUUAUAGUUGUGGAUGGAACAAAUCUUCAGGGUUUUACUAACCAGCAAGCAGUUGAUGUUUUGCGGCACACAGGACAAACGGUUCGGCUCACUUUGAUCAGAAGGGGACCUAAGCAGGAAAAUCGUAUUCAGCCUCAGGAGGACUUCAGUGCUGCUGUUGAAAACGACUUAGUGUUCCAGACAAUGGAUAGUAGCACAGACAAAGGUAAUGGUGAAACAAAACAGGGAUCCUCAUCACUAACGUGCAUUCCUAGUGUGGUGAAUAUUGGAGAGGACAUGAAACAACAGGAAAGAGAUUUCCAGCUAACUACUGCAGAAGAAGCAGCUACGAAGGCAAAGUGGCAGAGGAUUAUGGGUUCGAAUUAUGAAAUAGUGGUGGCUGUUGUUAAUAAGUUUAGUGAAAGCAGUGGGUUAGGGAUAAGCCUUGAAGCUACAGUGGGACAUCAUUUCAUCAGAUCUAUCUUACCAGAAGGGCCAGUUGGACGAUGCGGCAAGCUCUUUAGUGGAGACGAGCUUCUGGAAGUGAAUGAGAUCUCUUUGCUCGGAGAAAACCACAAAGAUGUUGUCAAUAUCUUGAAAGAACUGCCCAUUAAAGUGACAAUGGUGUGUUGCCGUCUGUUAGCUCCCCCAGUCACUCACCCAGAAGCAAUGGAGAGUCUAAGUCUAUCUGAAGUUCAGCUCACAGAAAAGGCUCACAUAGAACUUGGUUUCAUUGGCUCCUCAGAAACAGAAGGAACAGCUUUGGAAAUAGCUGAUGAGAGUCAGUGUAUGGAGGAGGUGCAAAGCUCGUCUUUGGCAAUGUGGGAAACAGAAGUACAGCACAUUGAGUUGGAGAAAGGGAGUAUGGGACUUGGAUUUAGCAUAUUGGACUACCAGGAUCCUGUUGAUCCAGCAAACACUGUAAUUGUGAUUCGCUCAUUAGUUCCUGGAGGUGUGGCUGAGCAAGAUGGCAGACUUCUUCCUGGAGAUCGGCUUAUGUUUGUCAAUGAUAUCAACUUGGAAAAUGGCAGCCUGGAGGAAGCAGUACAAGCACUGAAAGGAGCUCCAAUAGGAGCAGUUAAAAUAGGAGUUGCCAAACCACUGCCUCUUUCACCAGAGGAGGGCUAUGUCUCUGCUAAGGAAGAUUGCUUUUUCUACACUGCCCAGUCACUUGAGGAGGAGGGGCCAGCUGAUGCAGCCCUCUUCCAUGCUGAGCUGGCUCUGGUGGACUCCGGCGAGGCAGAUCUAGCAGAUGAGUCCACCUUUGAGUCACACUAUUCUCUAGAGAAUGACGUCUUCCAGGCUUCAAUGAUAGCUCUGCAUGGCAGUGCCUGUAGCGGUGAUCUGAACUACAGCUUCUCUCUUCCACUGUCAACUGCCAAGCAGUCUGUUGGAAACGAAUGUUCAGAUGCUGCAGCUGAUUUAUGUGUCUCUGACAAGAAACUGUACAACAUGGAUCUGAAUCAGAGAGUGAGAGACCAAAAAUCUGUAGUGGGCGAUAGUCUGGAAGCUGCAACUGGUUUUACAGAAAAGGAUCUUCUGCCUCAGGAUGUUUCAGAUAUCAGCCAAAAAGAAAGUGAAAACACAGCAACAUGGACUGAGUCUGAGACAGUAACAGAAGUUGCACAAAGUACUACUGUGCAGCUUGACCCCACUGCAAAAGAUCAAGUACUUUUAAUGGAAAAGAGAUGCACAGUAUCUUUGGAGGGAAGUUCCACAACCCCAAAUUCAGUCAAAAACACGUAUGAGAAGACUAUCACUAUUGCUAAAGGCAAUUCAAGUCUAGGUAUGACAGUAAGUUCCAAUAAAGAUGGCUCAGGAAUGAUAGUCCGCAGCAUCAUCCAUGGAGGCUCAAUCAAUCGUGAUGGACGGAUUGGUGUUGGGGACUGCAUCCUGUCCAUUAAUGAAGAGGCAACCACUAACUUAACCAAUGCACAAGCCCGGGCUAUGCUAAGGAGGCAUUCACUCAUUGGACCAGACAUAAAUAUUACAUAUGUGCCUGCAGAAAAUUUAGACGAGUACAGGGCGAGUUUGGGACAACAGACUGAGGGACCUGUGCCGCUUGAACUUUUUCCUUCACAUGCUGUCAGCAGGGAACUCCCAGAGCUUCCAGAACGUGAAGAGGGAGAGGGAGAAGAAAGUGAACUUCAAAAUGCAGCUUUCAGUAACUGGAACCAGCCCAGAAGGGUUGAACUCUGGAGAGAACCUAGCAAAUCACUGGGGAUCAGCAUUGUUGGAGGACGAGGGAUGGGGAGCCGCCUAAGUAAUGGAGAAGUGAUGAGGGGGAUCUUUAUCAAGCACAUCCUGGAAGACAGCCCAGCCGGCAAAAACGGAACACUGAGAACAGGAGAUCGGAUUGUGGAGGUGGAUGGAAUUGACCUCAGAGAUGCCAGCCAUGAACAAGCUGUGGAAGCCAUACGGAAGGCAGGCAAUCCUGUAGUCUUUAUGGUACAGAGCAUUAUAAGCAGACCAAGGGGAUUUGGUCAGUCCAGUACAGAUCCAGAAAAGACCUCGCUUUGUAACUUUGCUCUGCCCCCUCCUUCAGCAUUUUUGGGAAUAAGCUGUGACGUUGCACAAUUAUCUUCUAGCAGAGUCCCAGAGGAUGUGGAGAAGGAGGAUGAGUUCGGUUACAGCUGGAAAAAGGUUAUGCAGCGCUAUGGAAACCUACCAGGAGAGCUACACAUGAUUGAGUUGGAAAAAGGAAGGACAGGUCUGGGACUUAGCCUUGCUGGUAACAAAGACCGAUCCAGGAUGAGUGUCUUUAUAGUGGGAAUUGAUCCAAAUGGAGCAGCUGGCAAAGAUGGCAGGUUACAGAUUGCAGAUGAGUUACUAGAGAUAAAUGGGCAAAUACUCUAUGGAAGGACUCAUCAGAAUGCUUCCUCAAUAAUCAAAUGUGCACCAUCUAAAGUAAAAAUCAUCUUUAUCAGAAAUAAAGAUGCAGUAAAUCAGAUGGCUGUUUGCCCUGCAAAGUCAGUAGAGACCUCACAGUUUACUUCAGGAAUAUUUCAACAUCAAGAGAUUGAUAUCAGUGCUGCAAGCGCCAGUGCCUGUUCUGACUUCGGUUCAUGCAAAAACAUUCAGUAUGUGGAACUCCCUAAGGAUCAAGGUGGCUUUGGAAUUGCCAUUAGUGAAGAAGACACAGCUAAUGGAGUAGUUAUUAAGAGCUUAACAGAUCAUGGUGCAGCAGCAAAGGAUGGACGAAUCAAAGUUGGAGAUCAAAUCCUGGCAGUGGAUGAUGAAAUUGUUGCAGGAUAUCCAGUAGAAAAGUUUAUUAGUCUCCUAAAGACAUCCAAAACUACGGUGAGGCUUACAAUCAACUCGACAGAGACAGAUAGCCUGACUGCAACACGAGUCCCUUCCAGCACUGGCACAGUAGAGAGGAGGAAUAUGCAGCCACCAACAACUGUCCCUUCUUCCAGUUCACCAGAGCCAGAAGCAGUUAAAAACACAAGCAGAUCGUCAACUCCAGCCACGUUAGCAUCUGACCCAGCUACUUGUCCUAUCAUUCCUGGAUGUGAAACAACAAUUGAUAUCUCCAAAGGGCGGACUGGGCUUGGUCUGAGCAUUGUUGGAGGAGCAGACACUUUGCUGGGAGCAAUUAUUAUCCAUGAGGUGUAUGAAGAAGGAGCAGCGUCUAAAGAUGGGAGACUGUGGGCUGGGGAUCAGAUAUUGGAGGUGAAUGGAAUUGACCUCAGGAAUGCCACACAUGAUGAAGCAAUAAAUGUUCUACGACAGACUCCUCAAAAAGUUCGUUUGACUGUGUACAGAGAUGAGGCCCAGUACAAGGAAGAAGACAUGUAUGAUGUACUCAAUAUAGAGCUCCAGAAGAAGCCUGGCAAAGGCCUUGGGCUGAGUAUUGUUGGGAAAAGAAAUGAUACAGGGGUGUUUGUGUCAGACAUCGUCAAAGGAGGAAUAGCAGAUACAGAUGGGAGAUUGAUGCAAGGAGACCAGAUAUUGACAGUGAAUGGAGAAGAUGUUCGAAAUGCUAACCAGGAGGCUGUUGCAGCUUUGCUGAAGUGUUCAUUAGGUAUGGUAAGACUAGAGGUUGGAAGAAUAAAAGCUGGUCCAUUCCACUCUGAGAGGAGAACAUCCCAGAGCAGCCAGGUCAGUGAAGGAAGUGACAGUCUCUCGUCAUUCAGCUUUCCAGUUUCUGGGUCCAGUGCACCUGAGGUCUUUGAAACUGGUCUAAAGAAGAAUACUACUGCAUGUGAGAUACAGGGACUUAGAACAGUUGAAAUAAAAAAGGGCCCUGCAGAUUCACUAGGAGUGAGCAUUGCUGGAGGUGUAGGAAGUCCUCUUGGAGAUGUUCCUAUAUUUAUUGCUAUGAUGCAUCCAAAUGGAGUUGCAGCUCAGACUCAGAAACUCAGAGUUGGGGACAGGAUUGUUAGCAUCUGUGGAACAUCUACUGAGGGCAUGACUCACUCCCAAGCUGUUAGUCUCUUAAAGAAUGCUUCAGGCACUAUUGAGUUGCAGGUUGUAGCUGGAGGAGAAGUGAGUGUCAUAACUGGUCAGCAGAAGGAUCCACCUAUGUCCAGUCUUUCAUUUGCAGGACUAACUUCAACCAGCAUUUUUCAGGAUGAUUUAGGACCUCCUCAGUACAAGACCAUUACUCUGGAUAGAGGACCAGAUGGCCUAGGCUUCAGUAUUGUGGGUGGUUAUGGCAGUCCACAUGGAGACUUACCCAUUUAUGUGAAGACUGUGUUUGCAAAGGGUGCAGCAGCAGAAGAUGGACACCUGAAAAGGGGAGACCAAAUCAUUGCAGUGAAUGGGCAGAGUUUAGAAGGGGUGACCCAUGAGGAAGCGGUUGCCAUUCUGAAAAGGACAAAAGGAACAGUCACUUUGACUAUUUUGUCGUGAAAAGGCUGCCCAAAGGGGCAGGGUCAAUAAGACCAUAUUAUUUACAUUCCUCAUAGCAAAGAAAAUGGAGAUGUUUAUAUAGCCUUUUUGCUCUUCCAGCUUAAAAAGACUGUGUUACAGCACUGAAGAAAAAUAACAUUUAACUGUAUUUUUCUAUACAAUAGAAGUAUUUCCCUUACUGUCAAACCACUGGGAUGGAAUUGUGUCAACUAUGGAAAGAGAUAGAUAUAUUUCCUAUUAGUAUUAUAAUGAAUGCUUGUAAGCCACCAAAAAAAAAGAAGACAAGGAAAAAAAAUACCCUAGAAUGUUUGCAUUAAUAAUCUCACAACAAAACUGGAAUGUUUUGUUACAAGGCUUCAAAUAUUAUAAAUAUGUUGGAAAAAUAAUAAAGUCAACAAGCUGACAUGGGAGUAUCACGGGCAGCGGUAGUCACAAAACAGAAAUAAGGUUACUGAAGUAAGAAUGAAAAUAUUAGGAAAAUAGAGAAUUUUGAGAAAAGAGGGAAGGAUGUGUAAUGUCAAGUCAGAUAAUUAAUGGGUAUAGAUGGUUAUUUGUAUCAUUUUGCAAUGCCCAAGUAGAAGGAGCUGGAUGGAUGGCUUGGGUUGUUUUUUUCACUUGUUUGUGUAUUUAAAUUUCCUAAGUAACAGUGUAUCCAAAAAAAAAGAAAAACUAUGUUUUUGUUUGGCUUAGGUUUGAGAGUUUGAGUUUUAUUUUUUGAUGCGAGGAGGAUGUGUGUGUUUGGUUUGAAAGGAGAGGAAUUGUGCUGAGGGCUGAAAAAUCCCCUUGCUGGAGGAAACUACUCCUCGUGAAUGAGAGCGCCCAGCAACUGCAGUAUUAGAAGUAAUAGAGUUUUCUAAUAGUAGUGUUUUGUAACCUGUAUGUGUGAGUGCAACCUUCCCACUGUGAAAUAUGUGCAGGCGAAGGUUGUCCUGUUCCAGUCCAGCGUGGGAUGAGCUGGAGGCUUAGGGCAGCCGUUCCCACAGGCCGUUCAAGUCAGAGCCACCGGCAAACCGCUCAGGGCAGAUUUGUGUCAUUGCUGACAGACUUUUGGAUGUGGGUGAAGCCGAGGUGGAAGAAGCUGAUGCUGUGGUGUUGCUGCUGUUAUCAGUAAGAGCAAGAGUCCUUCCAGGGGUGAGGAGGCUUAAAGCCAGGAGUUCAGGGAGGGUGAAAGGCUGAAAAUCACUCUUGGUGGAGGUGGGUAUUAAGGCAGCAGUGAAGGUCUUUUUGCAUCAGCAUUAAGCAGAAGAGGAGAUUUGAGGGCCACGACUACUCUUUUGGGGAUAUUAAUUUUAUAGGCACAAAUAGAAGAGACAGUGUCUAGCAAGUAUGAUGCAGCCGUGGAGCUUUUCUUUAGGUAACAGUGCAGUCAGUCAGUUUAUCAACAUCCUCCAUUUCCGAAGUAGGCAUCCUCACUAAAGCUUUAUCCCAAAAACCCACUGUAGCCUGCCUUUGCCUCUGCUCCUUCAAAAUGGAAUCUGGCUGAUAAAGGACACUGCUUGGAUUUACCUUCCUACAGAAAAGCCUUUAGAGGGAGAAGGAUAUUUAACUAAUUAGCAUGCUAAUUAGCCACAAGACACUUUGUGUUAACUAACAAACAGACAAAGUGGCAGGAAGGGCACCAAAUCAGUUGACAUUUAAGAGACAUCUGAACUGAAAAUGCAGGCAAUGGUCAGGCAAUUAUUAGGAGAAAAUAAAAAAAAAGACUAGCAUUUGGUCUAGUGGGGCAAAAGAACAGUAUUACGAACGUCUGUGAAAUAGUAUUAAGAAACUGAUAGCUAUGUCCAAGUGAAUUAGCUGAAAAAAACCCACCUUUCCUGAUUCUUUAACUAUUCUGGAAGUUACACUGUGGUAAACUAAGAUAAAAGAAAAUAGAAGGUACUGUUACUGGAUGCUGUUGUUACUGAAUUGCUCUUCUAUUCCUUACUGUUUCUUCUGUUCUUUGGUUAGAUUGAGAAAUUCUUACAUUAGAGUAUGUAAAGUCACUUUAAAUAAUAUCUGUAUUUGUAACAGAAGUAGUGCACAGAUAUUUUGUUACUACUGUUGUGUCUAAAUAGAGGAUGUAAGUGAAUAAAUUCCAAACUGUCAUGAUGAAGAAAUAAAGUUGC